CAAUUUAGAUGGCUUAGAUGAAGUUUAAGUGUGUAACCAUAAGAGUUACUAUACACACAGUCUCAAACCAAGCAGCAGAAGGGAAGAACUAUACACAGUAUCUGCCACUAUACAGGGCUGUUGUUGAAGGCAAUAUGAAAAGUUUACAAGAUAUAUUGGAUAAAGAUCCAACCGCGGUGAGGGCGAUCAUCACAGGAGCCUCUGAAACAGCAUUGAUAGUUGCAUCUCACAAGAAAAAUAACAAAGACAUCGUGAAGAAACUUAUAAGCUUGAUGUCACCACAAGAUAUGGCUAUGCAGGACAGCUUUGGUAGGACGGCUAUUUUUGGCGCUGCAGCUGUUGGGAAUGUCGAGGCACUGAAAAUGAUGGUGAAAAAGAAUCCUGAUCUUCCUCACAUUUGUGACAUUUAUAAUCACCUGCCUCUUCACUUUGCUGCAUAUGCCGAUCAAAAAGAUUCUGUUCGCUACUUGUUAGAUGCCACGAAUGUUGCGUGUCUUGAUGAAUUCAAAAGGUUGACACUUGUGCAGGCACUCAUAUCAGGCGGCUUCUAUGAUAUAUGUCUAUCUUUGCUUCAACACUUUCCUGCACUGGCGGUCAUUGAGGUUUCACCUUUGGAAACACUAACUUACAGGCAUUCCGCAUUUCGUAGUGGUGCCAAUUUCAACUUUUGGCAGUGCAUGAUCUACCCCUGUAAGCAUCCACUGAUAAAUUUGUUAGGGUGUUGAUUUUUGGAAAUUAGU